CCCACCCCUAUACCAACAACUACCACAAAGCCUACUACAACAACAGAAGCAACCCCAUCACCUUCCCCUAUACCAACAACUACCACAAAGCCUACUACAACAACACCAAAAACACCAGAACCUACCACAUCAUCUACCCCUACACCAACAACUACCACAAAGCCUACUGCAACAACAGAAUUAACCACAUCAUCUACCCCUACAACUGCCACAAAGCCUACUACAACAACAGAAGCAACCCCAUCACCUACCCCUAUACCGACAACAACAACAAAGCCUAUUACAACAAAAUCAACCACAUCACCUACCCCUAUAACAACAACUACCACGAAACCUUCUACAACACCAACACCUACCACAUCAUCUUCCCCUACACCAACACCUACCACAAAGCCUACUACAUCAACAACAGAAUCAACCACAUCACCUACUCCUACUCCUGCAUCUACCCCUACACAAACUCCGCCGUACGACUGUCCUGAAUGGAAAAAAAACACCAACGAGACCUUCUUCUUGUGUAACUGCACCAUGGCGAGGUGCAUAAAAGACAACAUCAUUGAAAUUAUCCAAUUUGAAUGCCCUCCACUGCAGAACAUCACCUGUGAAAAUGGAAAAAAAACAGUGCUUGUCUAUGAUGAACACCACUGCUGCCAAUAUUAUGCAUGUGACUGCUUUUGUGAAGGCUGGGGUGACCCGCAUUAUGUCACAUUUGAUGGACAAUUCUACAAUUAUCAAGGAAACUGCACUUAUAUAUUAAUGAAGGAAAUUAGGCCUCAAUACCAUUUGGAGAUCUACAUCGACAGUGUCUACUGUGACCCUGUUGAGCAUGUAUCCUGUCCCAGAUCUAUUAUUGUGUCUUACAACAAACUAGUCAUAAAUCUUACGAAUAACAAUCUCAUAGGAGGUGCAGACCUAGAGGCUUUUGAGAACAAUGUAAAGUUACGGCUGCCAUAUUCUCGUAAUGGUGUGAGAGUUAUAAGCUCAGGCCUAGACUUGAUCCUGAGUAUUCCACAGCUGGGUGUUAAUUUAACAUUUGGAGCUACUGGCUUUGGCAUCAGUUUGCCAUUUGAGCACUUUGGAAACAACACACAAGGUCAUUGUGGAACAUGCAACAACAACAAGGCUGAUGACUGCAUGAUCCCUGGAGGGAUCUUGGUGGACGACUGUGCAGUGAUGGCGGAUUACUGGCCAGCCAUUGGGGCGAAUUAUGAAAUUUGCACUCCACCAACUGCAUUAUAUUCCGCCUGGGAUAAUACAAAACUUACAUCUAAGCCUUGCCAGGCUCAUCCUGACUGCAACCUCCUUGAUAGCGAGUUGUUCAAAGCGUGCCAUUCCCAUGUGUCCCCCAAAAACUUCUUUUUAGCAUGUGAAUAUGACAGUUGUCAUAUGAGCAACCCUGCUGUGGUGUGUACCAGUCUUCAGACAUACGCAAGGGCUUGCUCUCAAUUAGGGAUCUGCAUACACUGGAGGAACUACACUUACCUUUGCAAUAUUGAAUGUCCAGUAGAUAAAGUUUUCAAUCCUUGUGGCCGAGCUGAGCCACCAACCUGUGCUGAUAUACCUGAACAGAACACUAUUACAAUGCCCACAGAGGGCUGCUUCUGUCCUGAGGGCACAUUACUCUUCAACAAGAAGACGGAUGUUUGUGUGAACAAAUGUGGAUGCCUGGAUGCCUCUAGAACACCACGUGAGUUCGCUGUGGUUUUCGAGUACAACUGUGAGGAGUGUAUCUGUGAAAAGGCCAGCAAAUCAGUGACCUGUAAGCCCAAAACGUGUCCCGAUAUCAACCCUGAGAUCUGCACUGAGCCCGGCUUUGUGCUGGUCAACGUCACCAAUCCUUCAGAGCCAUGCUGCAGUAAACAAUGUGCAGUCGGAUAUACGCCAGUCCUGGAAGUGCCUGAUGGAAAAUGCUGUCCAGAAAUCAAAUGCGAGCCAAAGAAAGUGUGCGUUCACAAAAAUAUGGAAUAUAAGCCUGGUAACAACAUCCCCGUCGUUGACUGUCGGGAAUGCAGCUGUACGUGGGACGUGGAUCCUAAAACGCAGUUGUUCAAUAUCAAAUGUGGAUCUGUGCAGUGCAAUGAGAAAUGUGAUCCUGGUUAUGAAUAUGUUAAAACGACCUAUGACGACUGCUGUGGAAAGUGUGUGCAAACUCACUGCAUCGUCAAUAACAAUGGCGUCGAUAAAAUACUGAAGGAAGGAAAGACUUUGCACACUGCAAAUCAGGGCUGUGACAGAAUCACGUGUAUUAAAGUCAAUGGACAGUUCAUCACCGACAAAUACACAGUCCAGUGCCCUCCUUUCAACAUUUCCAACUGCCAGCCUGGCACCGUUCAGCGGUCACCUGAUGGCUGCUGCCAUGUUUGUGUGGACCAAAUUAAGGGAUGUCAAGUAAAGACCAUUCGCGAUUACAUAAAUCACAAUGACUGUCAGUCAGAGAAGAGAAUGGACCUGACAUUUUGUGGUGGAGACUGUACCAGCUUUAGCAGGUACACUGAACCUGGAUUGUCCUCUUGUAGCUGUUGCCAGGCCACUCGCUCAAGUAAUCGCACAGUGAAUCUUGGUUGCGUAAACGGACACAUAGUAACUCACACAUACAUCCAUGUGGAGGAGUGUUCCUGCAGCACAACUAACUGUCAUAGAGCAGGAGCGGGCCACACACUCGCUGAAGACAGCCAAAGAAAACGUAGCUUCAGACGUCCGUGAGCAGCAGCAGUGAGUCAUCCACUCGAAGACUCUGAAAUACGAAUUCUUUGAGAAACUUUGUUUGGAAAUUAAUUUAAAGUGCACAUGCUUUAACAUUUCUUAAACUUUAUCUAUAGAGCUUUUCUUUUUUCUUCGUUGGAUGAAUAUGUACCGUUU